AUGGCGCUCAGCGUCGGUGUGCGGCGCCUCUCGUGCCUGCCGGGCCGCGGCGAGCGGCAGGUGCAGCUCAGCUUCCGAGGUUUCACCCAGAAGACGAGGAAGGUGCGCAGCGGCGCCGAGGCCGUCUUCGGAGAGCUCUUUCGCUGGCCUCACUACGGGAAGCUCAUCAUGGGAGAGGUGCUGUGCGUUAAAGUUUACAACUGCAGCAAGGUUUUCAGUAACAGGCUUCUUGGUACCCUCGUUCUCAGUCUUCAGCAUUUGAUGACAUCUGGAAGGCUGAUCCUCCGAGAGGCCCUGGUAGACAGGAACCACAGCGUCACUGGUAUCUAUAUUGAGCUGGAUUUGCGUUACCAGCCCCCGGAUGGCUCAGCUGGAACCUGGGUUGAAGCUGACUUUGUUUAUCAGAUGAAAGACAGUUCAGAAUUAAUAAUCCGCAAUCCUGGAUUUGAGGAGCCAGAGGCAGCUGAGGGGCAGAGAGCUAGUGAGCUGGACAGGAAGGCCGCUGCACUGGGCAGGAAGCUGGUGAAAGGCCUGGAGACCGAUGAGGAAGAGGAGGAGGAGGAAGGCGAUUUCUAUGAUGUUUCUGAGAUGGAGGUCUCUGGCAUUGUCUUCAGCCCUGUGAAAAGCCGCUCCAGGCUUUGCUCCAGAUGGGACCUGUUUGCCACUCCAACCCCGCAGAGCUUCCAGGUUGGGAUUAAUAUCAUUGAAGCGCAGAAGCUGGUGGGGGUGAACAUUAACCCCUUUGUGGUAGUGAAGGUUGGAGAAGAGAAAAGACAAACGGCAACGCAGAAGUCUACAAACUGCCCCUUCUACAACGAGUACUUUUUGUUUGAAUUCCAUGAGCCAAGGGAAGUUUUAUUCCAUAAACUCAUAGAGAUUUCGGUUUUUCACUCAAAGAAGAUACCGUUCCUGGGAACAUGCAUAGGAACAUUCAAAAUGGAUGUUGUGACAGUGUACAGCCAGCCAGAUCACAGAUUUUUCCAGAAAUGGGCUGUUAUCAGUGACCCCACGGACACCCGGGCAGGUGUGAAAGGCUUUGUGAAGUGCAACAUCUCCGUCACUGCACGUGGGGAUGUUGUGGGCUCCCUUCCCACCUCCUCCAGCAGCCAAGAUGAGGACAUUGAAAGGAACCUGCUGCUGCCUAAGAGAGUCCCUGCAGAACGACCCUGGGCCAGGGUCUGCAUCAAGCUGUACCGUGCUGAAGGCCUGCCCAGCAUGAGCGCAGGCAUCAUGGGUGGUUUCUCCAAGAUCAUAGGGGAGAAAAAGGUCUUUAUAGACCCAUACGUGCAGGUCUCGUUCUGUGGGCAGCAGGGGGAAACAUCUGUGGAGAGCAACACCACUGAGCCUGAAUGGAAUGAGCAGAUCAGCUUCAUUGAAAUGUUCCCACCUCUUGCCAAGAAAAUAAAAGUCCAGGUGUUGGAUGAUGCCAAUGUUGGUGAUGUGGCCCUUGCCACACACUACAUUGACUUGCAGCAGAUCUCAGACCCAGGCAGGAAUGGCUUUAAUCCCACGUUUGGCCCAGCCUGGGUGAACCUAUAUGGCUCCCCCCAGAACUCAACACUACGGGACAUCCACAAGGACCUGAAUGAGGGCAUGGGCGAGGGGAUCUUCUAUCGUGGUCGCAUCCUCGUGGCCAUCACAGUGGAGAUCUUCAGCAGCCCCAGUGUGACAGAGGGGAGGCUUGCGGACAAGACGAAAGGUGCCCUAAGCAAACUGAAGCUGAAGAAGAGAAGUAAAAAAUCCAAGGAGAAAGCCAAAGAGCUGAGCCAGCUGCAGGGAGAUGAGGAGGCUAGGGGCUCUCAGGAGACUGAGCAGCCUGGGGAGGUCACUGUGGAGGUGGAGGAGCUGCAUCCGCUCCCCGAGAAUGCGCUGGGGAGGAAGGAGGAAUUCCUCCUCUUUGCUGCCUUCUUUGAAGCCACGAUGAUGGACUCCUCUCUCAGCUCCAAGCCUGUCAGCUUCGAGGUCUCCAUAGGAAACUAUGGUAAAGCUGAAGAGGUUGUGACCAAAGUACCUAGAAAAGGAGGGAAGAAAGAAGGGAGAGAAGAAAAGCAGCCAUUGCUGGACCCCAGUUCAGACAGUGAACUGGAUGUUGAAGUCCUGGCCCCAACUUCAGCAGCACAAAACAAGUCAGUGACAAUGAGCCAGAAACCAGAGCCUAUGGAGUAUGAUAGGUCGUACAGCUGCCUGCCCAUGGUGCAUGAGAAACCCUGCGUGUAUGUAUGGAGCUACUGGGAAGAUCACACCUGGAGACUCUGCAGUUCCAACUGGAUUGUCAAGCUGGCAGAGCGUCUGGAGCAAGGACUAGAUGAUGUGGAGAAGCUCAUGAGAAGGCCAAAGGCUAAAGCAGAAGAAAGACUCCAAGAGGUGCUGGAGGAAUUUGUAGCUGGAUGCAGGCAAUAUUCACUCAAUGCAGAGAGAAAAACCAUGGCACAUCCAAAUAACCUUGACAGAUGUCGGACAAAAUACAUCAUGCGGAACAUCAUCCUAUAUGCGAAGCAGGGGCUCCGUGUGAGGAGGCGUCUGACUCGAACCAACAUCAAGGAGAAGGUUAAGGAGACGAGGAGAAUCCUGGCAAAGCUACGCUUCUUGGCUAAAGAGCCCCAGUGUACCCUCCCCGAUGUUCUCAUCUGGAUGCUCAGCAAUAACAAGCGCAUAGCAUAUGCAAGAAUUCCUGCACAGAAUGUUCUCUACUCUGUUGUUGAAGAGGAGAAAGGCAAGGACUGUGCAAAGAUCCAAACUGUCUUUUUGAAGGUCCCUGGCUCACACAUUGCUGAGGUCUUUGCCAAACUGGAAAUCUAUAUGUGGCUUGGGAUAACUAAAUAUGCAAAGAACUGCACCGCAGAGUUGCCUGAGGAGUUCAAGCAUCUCUCGGAGAGUGGACAGGAGAUAGCCCAGCUCUCAGCAUAUGUUCCUCCCAGCCGGCUCAGCAGGGACGACUUCAGCUACUUCCAGCUCCGAGCCCAUCUGUAUCAGGCUAGAGGAAUCCUCCCUGCAGAUGACAAUGGCCUUUCAGAUCCAUUUGCAAGAGUGGUAUUUUCAACUCAUUGCCAGACCACAAGGGUGUUGGAGGAGACACUGAGCCCGAUGUGGAAUGAGCUGCUUUUGUUUGACCAACUUGUUAUUGAUGGGAAAAGAGAGGAGUUGAAAACAGAGACCCCUGUUGUUAUAGUCAAUCUCUUCAACCACAAUAAAUUUGGCUCUCCUGAGUUCCUUGGCCAGGCCUUUGCUGUCCCACAGGUGCAGCUGGUUGAUGAGCCGUACUGCAAACCUGCCCUGCAGUUCUUUGAUUUCUACAAAGGAACCAAAGCCGCAGGGGAGCUCAUUGCUGCUUUUGAGCUGAUUGAGCUGGAUUACAGUGGCUAUUUGGAGCCAACAGUGCCUGAGGAUGUGGAGCCCAAGGAGCCUGGCUACCUGGGAGACCCUCGUGCUGGACGGUUCAUCAUCCCUGAAGGCAUCCGGCCAGUGCUGAAGGAGUUUCGUAUAGAGAUCCUGUUCUGGGGCUUGCGGGACCUGAAGCGAGUGAACUUGUUCGAGGUGGAUCAGCCUCAGGUGAUCAUCGAAUGUGCUGGGAAAAAAGUGGAGUCAGAAAUUAUCAUGACCUACAAAGAGAAUCCCAACUUCACCGAGCUGGUCAAGUACAUGGAUGUGGAGCUCCCGGAGCAGGUCUACCUUCACCCUCCCCUCAGCAUCUUCGUAGUGGAAAAACGGGCAUUUGGGCGCACUGUGCUGGUGGGAACACACAUUGUGUCCAAUGUGAUGAAAUUCUCUCCUAGAGAGCUGGAGGAGGAGCUGGAAGAUGAACCCAAAGCUCAGAAAGUCUCAUCUCGGUCCCUGCCCUCUCAGGCUGUGAUAAAUGUUGGUCUGACAGCUGGGAAACCUGGUCCCAGCACUCUCCCCCUGAGUCUUGUGAAGGCCCCUUUGAAGAAAAUUCCUAUCAAUAAGCUUAUAAAGAAAAAUGAUGAAUAUGAAGAGGAGAAACCAGAGUUGGAAGAACUGGAUUGGUGGUCCAAGUACUAUGAGUCCUUAAAGGAGCUUGAUAACCAGAUGCGCAGUGAUGAGGAAGAUGCUGAGAAUGAUGACCUUAAUGAUACAGAUGGAGGAAAUUUAAAUGCAGCCUCCAUUGACAUAGAAGCAGAAGAGGAGGUAGCAAUUGAAGCUGAACCAACUCACCCCAAGAGGAAGCUCAUUGCCACACUUCAGAUCUACAACUCUGAGCUGGAAAGUGAGUUUGAUAAUUUUGAAGACUGGCUGUGUAUCUUCCCCCUUCACCGUGGCAAAACAAAUGAGGAUGAAGAUGGAAAUGAGGAUGAACAUUUUGUGGGGAAGUACAAGGGCUCCUUUCACGUCUAUCCUACUGAGGAAGCUGGUGCAGAGCACAAAAUCUCCCAGGGCAUUCCAAGGAACAGACCCAUCAAAGUUCUUGUAAGAGUUUAUAUUGUUAAGGCUACGAACCUGUCUCCAGCAGAUCCCAAUGGCAAGGCAGACCCUUACGUGGUGGUGACCGUGGGGCAGGAGCAGAAGGACACAAAGGAGCGAUACAUCCCAAAGCAGCUCAAUCCCGUUUUUGGAGAAGUUGUGGAGCUGACAGUCUCCUUUCCCAAGGAAUCAGAACUCACUGUGGCAGUAUUUGACCAUGAUCUAGUUGGAUCAGAUGAUCUGAUUGGGGAGACCAAGAUUGAUUUGGAGAACCGAUUCUACAGCAAACACAGGGCCAACUGUGGUGUGGCUUCACAAUAUGACACAAAUGGCUAUAACAUGUGGCGAGAUGCCUUCAAGCCCACACAGAUCUUGGAUAGUUUAUGCAAGAAGAACUCACUCCCUGCAGCAGAGUACAGAUGGGAUGAGGUCAAAGUGAACAAUCAAGUCUUCAAAGUGCCUCCAGAGGCUUUUCCUGAAGAGGCCUUUGUGAGGAAUGAAAGAGGAGUGGCAGAUGAGAGCUGGUCAGUGCAUGAUGAACAUAAGGCUUUAUAUGUCCUGCAACACUGGGAAGAGAUGCCAGAAUAUGGGUACAAGUUAGUACCAGAGCAUGUGGAGGUUCGUUCCCUUUACAACCCAGAGAACCCUGGGCUUGUGCAGGGCUCCUUGCACAUGUGGAUUGACAUGUUUCCAAAUGACGUCCCUGCACCACCUCCUGUCAAUAUCAAGCCACGACUGCCGAUCAGCUAUGAGCUGCGUGUGAUUAUCUGGAACACAGACGAUGUGAUCCUUGAUGACAUCAAUCCAAUAACGGGAGAGCCGUCCAGUGAUAUCUACGUCAAAAGCUGGAUAAAGGGGCUUGACCACGACAAGCAGGAGACAGAUGUUCACUUUAACUCCUUGACCGGGGAGGGCAAUUUCAACUGGAGGUUUGUCUUCCGCUUCAACUAUCUCCCAACCGAGAAGGAGAUCACCUACAAGAAGAAGGAUUCUGUCUUUUCCUUGGAGGAAUCAGAAUUUAGGGAACCAGCUGUUCUGGUCCUCCAGGUCUGGGAUUAUGACAGGAUUUCAGCUAAUGACUUCCUAGGCUCCAUUGAGCUGAAGCUGCAUGACAUGGUACGGGCAGCCAAGAGCUCAGAGCAUUGCAGCAUCAAAAUGGCCAAGGAGAAUGCCACACCUCGCUUCUCUAUCUUCCGAAACAAGCGGAUGAGAGGCUGGUGGCCCUUCAUCAAACUCAGAGAUCAAGAAGAUGAGGAGAGAGAGGCCAAUCAGAAGAAGAAGAAGAAGAAGAAGAAGUGGAGUAGCUCCAUAAAACCAGAGGAUGUUCAGUUCACAGACCCCAGCGGGAACAAGUACUUUCUGACGGGUAAGGUGGAAGCAGAGUUGCAGCUGUUGACUGUGGAGGAGGCUGAGAAAAGUCCUGUUGGUUUGGGCCGAAAAGAACCUGAACCCCUCGAAAAGCCAAACCGGCCAAAAACAUCUUUCAACUGGUUUGUGAAUCCCAUGAAAACCUUUGUAUUCUUUAUCUGGAAGCGGUACAAGAAGUACAUCAUUGUGCUGUUCAUUGCUGCUGUUCUGACUGUCUUCCUGGUUCUUUUGAUCUACACCAUGCCUGGAUACAUUAGUGAGAAGAUCAUUAAUGGAUAAAUGCUCUCUAGAAAAGGAUUACUCAAAGACAGGGGUGAUUAUUGCAAGAACCGAGACUGGAACAAAAAAUUUAAUAAAAGUCUACAGGUGCUCAGGCAACCUUUGAGUAAGAUGCUUGGAAAAAAGUGCCCUGUCAUUGGGUAGUUGUGUUUCAUGCAAAGUACUCAUGAGAUGUUAAGUAACCAAGUAAGUAAUAUAUGAGACAAACUCUUUGGAGGACCAGUUACAGCUUCAGGAUAAAUUUGUUCUUUGUUGAACUGAGAAGGGAGGGGGGGAAAGAAUUGGAAAACUAUGAUGGCUGGGGCUAGCCACACAGAUUUGGCAACUGAAACCAGCUGUUGUCACUGGGAGUAGUUCUGGCAAGGGUGAUGAUACACAGAGUCACCUCCUCACAUCGCUGCACCUUCCACCUAUGUUCCAGCUUGACAAUAGGUCUUGGGUACUUCCCAGGCCUCUGCCUGAAGAAUUCAAAACAGCUUCCACAUGUUAUAUGGGAGAAGGUAGACCUUGUAUAGAGUCCUAGUGGAGGUGGGACCCAGAAGACCUCUGAAGGACACUCCCUGGGGUGCUGCUGUAGCUACUUGGUGAAGGAGAGAAGGAUAA